AUGACAGAUUCUGAGUAUUCCUUUGCCACUUCUAUUCUUACGAAUAAGAAUCCUGAGCAAGCUGCCUUGAUAAUCCCUAAUUGCUUGACAUCGUCAACUAACUUAAUCGAGAAGAGCUUGUUAGUAUGGUUCAACGAAUAUACCAAUCGUUUGCAAAAGCAUACACGGGAGCUUCAGACUUUGUUAGAUCAAGGUUCGGGCUUUUUUAAGUCAGACCAACUUCACGAGGAGUUCGGUAGCUUCAGUAAAACUUUCAAUUGCUUGCUUACCUCUCUUGAAACUGAAAUUCAUGCGAACGAACAGGCAUUCAAAAGCAUAAAGUUGGAUAUUAUAGGCCCAUUGAAGAACUUGACAGAAAAAGAUGUUAGAUACUCUGAGUUGAUAAUGAACUCACAUGAGUUGCAAGAAAUAGAAAGAAAUAUAACGUCGGGCCAUAAUAAUGCUGAAUAUCAAUGGAAUCUUCGGGCACCCCAGACAUUUGAAAAUUUUGAAAAUUUCAAAAAGUUUGAAAAGCAGCUAUUAUUCGAUGUAAUUUUGAAUUUUUUCAAUAACCAGAGCCAGAAUCUUAGUAAGCAAUUGCAAAAUAAUGAAAAUUCUGUGAAUUAUUUACUUGGAUGCUUCAAGAUAGAUGAUGAAAUGAAAGAUUACUUGAACUUCCUCCUUAAAAGCGAGUUUAAGCCUGUUCACAAUAAUUUUGGGUUACCAACAUCGUCACAUGCUUCCGCGGGUACCUUUAAUCAUAAGAAGACUUCCGCACCUCAUGAUUCGACAUCGUUAGCUUCCAGUUCUCAUUCUGGUCAUUCAAAGCAUAAGAUGCCUUCCAAAUUAAGAUCUAAAGUUGGUUCAAUUUUCGGCCGGAAGUCUAAAAAAUCUUCUAAAGCUAAAGGCUUAGCUGGAAUAUCUGAGACUGAUUCUUUGACAUCAUCUACACAGAGAUCGACAGAGAAUUUAUCUAAAUCGAGAACCAGAGAUUCUUUAUUAUCUCGAGGAACAAGAACUUCCACAGAUAUGGUUUCCAAACAAGAUCUUUCUUCGAGACAGGCUAAGCCAAAUCUGAUGCUGAAGCCUCCUCAAACACCACGCUCUCAGCAUCCAGCUCAGCAAUAUUCUAAACUGAAUGUUGCACCAUCACUGGCUUUGCCACCUAGCCAAGGUGUAGAAAGUGAAGAUGUCAAUCAGUCCAAUUUUCGACAACUGGUGUCGCAAAACGAGCUUCCGAGUUUGUCAAGUGCACCUUUGACACCACGUCAACCUGAAUUGGGAGCCAACGGCUCCCCAAACGUAGUUAAGUAUAAGGAUCUGUCUUCGUCUUCCUCGUCGUCAGUUUCAAGUGCUUCUUCCCGUUCGGGUCAAGGCAACACUAAUCGAAUGUCGAUGUUGCAGAAGCACGAUCUUGCUCCUGGCAAUCCUUCAGAUCCUCAAUUAUUGAAUUCGAGGCAUAGCAGUGCAGGAAAGUAUAGUUUUGAAACUGGUGAUGAUGAGGCGCCAAUCUCUACCAAUACUCCUGAUACAUUUGCACGCAGCGGUUAUGCUUCAUCAACGCCUGCCGUCAAAGAUUUGACUGCAGAACUGCCACAGACGGUACUGAAGUCCGCUAUUGAUGGUUCUGCCUCAGGGCUUGGAACUACGACUACUUCUGCUGCUACUGCUGCUACUGCUUCUGCAUUUGGACCCUCAUCUAAAGGACGGAAUGAUUCUUUCUCUAGAGAUUUAAAUGGGCAUAAUAUUGGAUCAGAUGUGACACCAUACCUGCAAUCACAAUCAACUUUUUCAGAUCAGAACAGAUAUGCGACAAAAACGGAAGCCCCUCCUCCUCCUCCUCCCCCAUCAAGAAGAGUUAUACAUAGAGAAUCGCAAUUGAGUAAUGAUGAAUCUAAGUCUACUGCUGGCAGAAAUAGAAAAGAUAUUAAUUCACGGAUAUUUCAUGAUCUUCCGGCUGCUAGAGAUUCCAUCGUAGCCCCAGCUAAUGAAUUGGUGAGCCAGGAUACAGGCAAUUCACUUGCGAGAAAGGGUGACGGUUUUAAACAUUUUGAUACGACUCAUUAUGUCGAGCAGAAUGGCUUGAAUGCUUCAAUCGCUGAAGUAAUUAACGUAAGCUUCAAGGAUGGGAAGUUGGUAAAAUCCCAAGUUGUUGGUGAGAUUGCAUUCAACUACAAAUCAUCUGAAGAAGGUUUAGGUUCACUUAAACCUGUGGUUUUGAAAGUCCCAAAUAAAUUUGAAAAGGUUAUUUUAAACCAUUCGUUCGUAGAGCAGGUAAAUGAUACCGAGACUUAUACGAUUGAUCCAGUUGCUAUCAUUUCCAAAACUCUCGGAGGAAUUAGAUACUUGGAAACUUUAAACGAUUCCCAAGUUCCCUUGCUAGUCCAACAGAUCUGGAAAUAUGAAGAUCACCAAUCUAGUCUAAUGAUUAGCCUAAGAUUAAACCCUUUAUUCGGUACUUCAUUACAAUUAAAUGAUUUUGUUGUAUCUGUUGCCUUAGAUGCGUCAGCUGAGGCCACUUCAGCAUCUUCCAAGCCCCAAGGUUCAUUUAGCAAGGAAAAGAAUAGAAUAACUUGGAGAUAUGAGAACCCUUUGAUCUUGUCCUCUUCAAAUCCCGAAGAAAAGUUGAUUGCUAGAUUCAUGACUGAGGGAAGAGGUAGAGAACACUCAAACGGAGUCCAACUAAGGUUUCACGUGGCUAAUCCUCCUAAUUCGCUUAAGAUCCUUGACUUAGAUGAUAAUCUGGAGGUUCCAGCUGAUAGAAGUUUAGUGAGUGGAAACUAUUCUAGUCAUUCUUAA